AUGUUCAAUUAUUCAUUAAAACAACUUACUCCUUCUACUGGCCGGAUGCGAUCUUCAUCCACAUCGCCCACAUCAACGAAACUUUGGCCAGAAAACCGCAUACCCAAAUCUCCACCAGAAACCGGUGUCUCAUCGAACUCAGACACAGUGGGUUGUUCGCAAGGUUUGAGAGUGCUGUUGGUGUCAAGCGCCAAAGAUUCCCCGGGAGGUACGUUUUUGGACGAAAUUCGACUUGAUUUUCGAUUAAUUACAUCUGCUUCCACCUCUGCAGCUUUGAGAGAUGGCUUGCGUUUACGCUUUUGUGGGACAACAGUUACCAAUUCCGCACGAACCUCAUCGGUCUCUGGUUCUGUUUCGGAGCUGUCCACAUCCCCACUGGGGGACGACUUUCCGGUUGGUUCUAGAACUUCUUCGCCAUCCCACCAACUAAGUCCACCAUAUUCGGAUUCGUGGUUAGAAAAUGCUGAGAUGGAGGACGGUGUUGAAAAUCCACUACUUUCAGUGAGUAUUUCAUCUCCCGAAAAAGAAACGGAAUCUUCCUCCCCGGAGGACACACCUGACACAUGUCCCAUUUCUGAAUCCAAUGUUUCGCAUGGUUCCACAUCGGCGGGAGGUUCUGGCGGCAUCAACCAACGCUCUAUGACUGACGCGGUAUAA